AUGUCAGAUGUUGAUAUGAACGAUAGUCAUGUUGAUCAAGUCGAUCAAGAUGAUGAUAAUACUAUAUCAACAACAUCAACGACAUCUACAACAAGCACUACUACUUCGACGAAUGGGAAUAACAAUAAUAAUAAUAGAUAUGACAACGAUAGUACAAUGAAAGAAUAUAAUGAACAAGAUAAUGAAGAUGAACAUCACAACAACAACAACAAAGAGAAUGGGAAAAAGAAAGAGGAGUACAAAGUAUCAAAUAUAACAAAGACAGCACUCCUCAAUAACAAUAACAACAAUCAUAGCAAUGGAAGCAAUAACACUGCCUCUAACCAAGACGAAGAUGGUAGAGGAGGUACUGCAUACUUGUACAAUAAUAGUAAAGACGAUAUUGAUCUGUCACAAACCAACUUGGACGAGCCUAGAGAUGCUCGUGUCAUCAAAAAUAUAUUAAAGACUAUGGGCGUGCAACAACACGACUCUCGAGUCGUCAAUCAACUCAUGGAAUUCAUGUACAAGUACGUCUAUGAGGUGUUGCAAGAUUCAAUGGUAUACAGCGAGCAUGCAAACAAACAAGAUAUUGAUAUUAGUGACAUUCGUCUUUCAAUUCAAUCAAGAGUUAAUUUCUCUUUUACUCAACCUCCUCCAAGAGAAUUAUUAUUAUCAAUAAGCGAAGAAUUAAACAAAGUUCCAUUACCUCCAAUUCCAAACAAAUUUGGUAUUCUUUUACCACCCGACGAAUAUUGUUUAAACUAUCCAAACUACCAAGUAGACCCACCCAAACAAGUAAAAGAACCCCCACAACCAUUGGUUGCAAAUACUUCAAAAGGACACUAUAACAAAAAGAUUGCAGACAAACAAAUUCCAAUCAAAUUAUCAUCUCAUCAUCAUAAUCAUCAAAAUGGUAAUCAAUAA